GAAUGUAAUAAUGUCAGUGUCCAAGGCGAUGUUGUGUAUUUGCUUUACAGUGCUUAUUAUUUCAUACUGUUCAGCUGAUACUCAUUUAUGUAUAGGUGUCAGUGGUAUCUGUGGAAAUUCACUUAAUUGCUGUAAACCAUUUGAUUGCAAUUUGACUAUCAACCGAUGUUCUUUAAAUUUAAAAAAAUCAAAGGAGUCCGAGGAUAUUAGUCUAUCAUCUCGUAGUUCAAGCGAAGAUAAUUUUGUCGACUCAAGUUUGUCAGUAUCCAGCCAUGAAUUGGAAUCUGAAGAAUCUGAUAGUGUUGAAACUAAUGAAGUAUCUAGUAAUGAAGAACAUUCUGAAGAUUCAAUUGGAGAUGGAACAACUGAACCAUCUGAUACAGAAGAAGCUGACACUACAACAGACGCAACAGUAACAGAUAAUACAACGGAUGAAAACGAAGUAAAUGGUGUGACGGAUGCAGAAGAAACGGAUGAUGUAACAGAAACAAACGAAGUUAAUAAUACAACGAAUUCAGAAGAGCCAGAGAAUAUAACGGAUGUGGAAGAAGCUACAACUGAAGCUAACGAAGAGAAUGCUGAAUACAAAUAAAGCAUUAUGGAAGCGACGAAAAACAUUAAGAGUAAUGAAAGAUUUUCCAAUAAACGCAAAAUUUAUCCAUUUAUAACAUUUAAUGUAUUAAAAAAUUUUUCAUUUUAAUCUU